UGCUCAAUGAAAACGGAAGAGGUGAGAGUGUAGAAACCUUUGCCACGGAGCAUCAAAAUCAAAUGUGUCUGGAAGGUUAUUCUCUGCAUUUUAGGGGACUUUCUAACCGUGGAAGUAUCUUGAAUCUUCGCAUAUGCCUACCUGUUGAAUGUUACAGCGGGCGAGGAAAAUUUUCGGAGAUACAACGGGUCUAUCAAUUAUUUGUUAAAGAAUUCAGCGCAGAAUCCACCAUAAUUUAUUUGCGGAUACCAUUCGAUGUUUCAGCAAGGAUCAGCAAAUCAGUUGAAACUUGAAACAACAUAUUUCGCACCUGAGAAUAAAACAAUUAAACACUUGCCACUUGUACACGUUGAAGACUAAAGGAAUUACUGAAAGAAGACUUCAGACUGACGCACUAAAUGGAAACACAACCUGCCUUUACUUGUAAAAGUGUAUAACGCAGGUAAAUGAUGCUGGAGGCUGUGUGACUGGCAGCUAUGGGACCAAAGAGGUGCUAUUUCGUGGAUGUCACCAUGGUGACUGCACUCUGCCUGCUGUGUGUCAGCCAUGGUCAGAAGCCGGAGGUGCAUGCCAAGGAAGGGGGUGUGGUGGAGAUGGAGUGUAGACUGCCACCCACUGACACGGGUGCGUCUGUGUCCCUGCACGUUGUGGAAUGGGUGCGCCAGGGCGUCCYGAUCCCAGUCCUGAUCAAGUUUGGAGUGUAUGCUCCUCGGGUGCAUCCCAACUACGAGGGCCGUGUGUCUCUGGUCAGGAACACUGUUCUGAGAGUGAAGGGGCUCCUCAUGGAGGACCAGGGCCUGUACGAGUGUCGCAUUUUCCUGUUGGACCAAACCACAGACGAGACCCACAAUGGAACCUGGACCCUACUGUCUGUAACUGCUCCUCCUAUUUUCACCAAGACCCCUCCCCCUGUCCUGGAGGCUCUAGUGGGGAAUUCUCUCUCUCUAGCCUGUGUUGCUCGUGGCAACCCACCACCCACUAUAACCUGGGCUAAAGAUGGUACUCUGAUUGGAGGAGACAAAGUUGAGCUGCUGAGUGGGAAGUUGUCUCUCAGAGCAGUGAGCACGGAGGCCGGAGGACGGUAUGAAUGUCUUGCCACCAACACAGAGGGCAAUGUGACUCAUGUUACAAAGCUGAAGGUCAAAGGUCCUCCAGUUAUUGUUAUCCCCCCGAAUAACACGGCCCUCAACAUGACCCAGAAUGCCCUGCUGCGGUGCCAGGCCGUGGCUGAUCCCCCCAACAUGACCUACAUUGUUAGGCCUCUAAAGUCCCGGGUGAAGAUCAUGGUGGACGGCACCCUCCUCAUCACCCGCAUCACCCCAGACGAUUCUGGGAACUAUACCUGCAUGCCCACCAAUGGGCUGUUAACUCCGCCUACUGCUUCCGCCAGUCUCACUGUGAGACACCCUGCCCAGGCUCUCCUGAUGCCUCAGCAGACGUAUCUCCCCACAGGCCUGGGGGGUCUGGUCUCCUGCCCUGUGAGAGCCCAGCCCCUCCUGCUCCGUGUUGAUUGGACCAAGGAUGGACAGCCACUGGAUCUGGCCAUGUACCCAGGAUGGACGCUGACGUCUGAAGGCUCGGUGUUCAUGGCAACUGUCAAUGAUGAUGCWACAGGGGUGUACAAGUGCACCCCCUACAACAGCUUCGGGACCAUGGGCCAAUCAGGGCCCACGACAGUCAUCCUACAGGACCCCCCGUCACUCAACGUGUCUCCCCGAAAGGAGUAUCGAGAGGAGGUGGGUAGGACGCUUGUUAUCCCCUGCKAGACCACUGGAGAGCCAGCCCCUACUGUAACCUGGAGCAAGGUUGCACCUGCCACACUCUCUCAGUACUCUGUAGCAGCCAACGGCUCCCUGCUGCUGCUUCCUCUCAGUAAAGACCACCAGGGGGUGUGGGAGUGCAGUGUUACCAACCGCGUGGGCACUGUCAAAUCCAGCACUCUCAUCUCAGCGCUGGGCACCAGUCCCCAUGCUGCCACCCUGGUGUCUGUGUUUCCAGGGGUCAAGCAGGCCAAUGUGUCCUGGGAACCAGGCUUUGAUGGGGGAUACCCCCAGAAAUUCACUGUCUGGUUGAAGCAGAUGUCUGUUGGUGACAGUGGGGAGAAACAGGAGUGGCUCUCUGUGCCCGUGCCCUCCUCCUCUGGCUCCAGUCUGCAGCUGACAGGGCUGGUCCCUGACACAGAGUACCAGUUCAGUGUCCUGCCACACAACAAAGUGGGCACUGGGCCUUUCYGUGAGAUCGCCACCAUCCGAACUCUGAAUCCACUCCCAAGGAGAGCGAAACUAGAGCCACCCACAUCGCUGUCAGCCAAUCAGAGCUUGGCAGGUAUAGUCCUGCAGUGGUCCCCCUUGUCUCAGUUCCUGCCCAUCACUGGAUUUGUCCUCCAAUCGCGCACUGAGCAAGGGGAGUGGUUCAAUCUGGACGAGGACAUCGGUGCCAAUAGGAGUGUGAUGAUCGUUCCAGGACUGCGCAAGGACUGUGUGUAUGAGCUGCGGCUGCUGUCCCGGCGAGGGGUGUUGCUGAGCGAGCCCAGUCCAUCAGUUAACGUCUCCAACAUGGGGAUGGAUAUGUACCCUGCCAGUUCCCGCCUCCUGGAGUUUGUACCCAAGCCGUUAUUGGCUGGAGUGAUGGGAGGAGUUGCCUUCCUGUGUUUGGCCCUCAUCCUGGUCCUAGGGACAGUGUGUAUCAUCAGUCACAAGAGAGACCAGCGACGCAGGAAGAGGAAAGAUGAUCUCCCUCCUGCCAUCUAUAAAAGCCCCCCCUCAACCGGGUCACUUGCUAGCAGUCCAGACAGUGUGCUGAAGCAGAAGCUCCUCCACUCCCACUAUCCUGGCUCCACCUCCCGCUCCUGCUCCUCCUCCCAGUUGGACCCCUCCUCUUUCGACAGACCCAGCCGUAGUGAAUACCAUGACCAGUGCCAGCAGCUGCUCUCCUGCCCCCCACCACCUCCUCACUACGCCCCCCACCUCCCCAGGACAGGCUCUUCUCCCACUUCCCCUCUAGAGUUCAUCUUCAGAGGCCCUGACGGUCUCUUCAUGAUGCAGCCCUAUGACCAGACCUCUGUCCACAUUUCCCACAACAUAAGAUCCCUGAGGAAAGACUUCCCACAAUCCACUGAGGUCCAGAGGUCAGUGUCCCCCUGUGUGAGGAGGGAGCCGCCAUUGGUCCUCUCAGUGGACCUACCCCCCUGUGGUGGAUCUAACCCCAACCCCACGACCAUGGUCCGUGCAAUGGCCAAACACCUUUCCCUCCAUGGACGAUUCUACCUGGAUGGGAAGAAAGACAGUUGUGCUGGACAUCCAGGCGAGAGUAGUCUCUACUCGGACAGUAACUCAGACAUGUACCCCCAGCCUAGCCUGGAGGAGAGCAAACCAGGAUACCUGUCACUAAAGCGGGCCGUCCAGCCUGCCAUCUCCAGCACCCUGAUGCUACAGAUGGAGCAGGUGUCUGAAGCUGGCCCGGGAGAGAGAGGAGCUGGAGAGAAAGCUACGGAAGUACACACUGGAGAGGAACGCUACUUUAGAUGGGAAGAGCAAGAGACCAGGCAUAGAUGAGGAGAGCUGGAGAGAGACUGAAGAAUGUGAUCCCAUAUGGAAACCUCAGGAAAGCACCUCCCUACAAAACCACCCCCAUCGCUGUCAUCCUCAGGCCAACUGGGGGAGCUCUAGCAUGGCCAAAAGGCCUUCGUCCCCAUCUUAUAUUCACUGGGAGGCCAGCCCUCUCACCUCAGCCACCAGCCUGGUCGCAGCCCUUCACACCACCUCUGAGAGGACAGUGACCCUCCACUGUGACCCUCCAGUCACUCAAUGUCCCUCUCUGUCACCUGUCACACAACACCACCUCAGGGCUAAGAGAUUAGAGGGUCACUCUAAGAGGAGGGUGAGUCACCAGCCACUAGAGAGGCAAGAAGGGAAAGAAGCUGCGAGUUUCAAGACACACACAGGGCUUUGUGAUACUACUCACAUGUCAACAGAGUUGAAGGGAGAUGACUCAGAGUCACAUGAAUGGAACAGCAAGAGCAAUCAAUGCCAUUCCAAUGGCAGAAUUUCACACAGGUCUAAGCCAGAUGUCUCUGUCAACAAAGUGCAUGGUGUAAGGAAAGUGGCGUUAACAAAGUCACAGCCAUUUGAAAAGCCAUCUCAACACACAGUGUUGGAUCUCUCAGACUGUUUAGAGAUGAGUGUGGAUGAACCAGAAGGCUCAGUUGAUCCUCCUACAAAUCCCAUAAAGCUCCAGAGCCUAUUGGCAGAGAAAGGCCACAGAGGACCGCAAACCACAAAAAAAGGCCACAGAGGCCAUCCAUUGGACCACAAAAAGAGCCCAGUACCUAGAGAGGAGCGGGAGAAGUGGCACAGGAGAUCACCUCGGGACAGAAGCCCAACUACCAUUCAGCCUCCCAGGCCGGUGCUCAGGAAGGCCCUCAGUCUAGGAGGCUCUCAGAACGGGGACGGCCGCCACCACCAGCGCAGCCACAGUCUAGAUUCCAGGAGACAAUCCCAGGGUAACUUCCUGACGCCUGACGCCUGGGUCGACUCUCUCAGCCAUGAGAACUGUUCCUCUCCUUUCUCCUUUCGACCAGACUCUGUGUUCUGGGAACCGGAAUUCACCUCAGCUCCUGAGACCAACCACACAGAGGCCCCCACUGCCUGCCCACCUCCCCCCCAGGACCUCCAGCCUCCCAGCAAGGCCCCACAGCAACUUUAUGAAGCAUACAAGGGUAAUGCGCACAUCCCAAAUGUAAGAAAACUGGUGCUGGAGAGACAGCAGCCGCUCCCCCCAACCCCUCCUCCAGUGCCUUCGGUCCCCAUCCACCCCCCCCACAACCCCCGCAAAAAGGCCUCCAUCUUCCCAGACGCCUCCAGGUGGCCCAUCACCUACCAGGAGGCCCUGAGGUCUGUGCAGCGCACGGAGGCCAGGAAGAAUGCCUCUCUCCCCAGGGAGCACCCCAGACCAUCAGACUGUAGAGGCAGAACUACAGCUCCCUCUCUGCUCAGAGGUUACAGCUGGCCCGCACCCCUUCACACCUCUCAGCCGUCCCAGGAGGAGGAGAAGCAGGAGGAGGUGGUAGAAGAGGAGGAAGGAGAGGAGAGGAGAGGUAUGCGGGGCAUGAAAUGGAGGUGGAGAUUGGGAGGUAUCAACCGGGAGUGCCAGACUCAGGGAGGAGCUACAGUAGCUAUGCCAGCCAGAGCAGUGGCAGGGGGAGUCUGGAGCCUCCCAAUGGGUGCCUGUCCAUCUGCCUGUCCCCAACCCUCACCAGCUCUCCUGAGGCCAUCGAGGAGAUACAGGGGAACACAGAGGAGACACGUCUACAGGACAUGGAGGCAUUGAAAAGGAGAAAGGCCUCAGUGAAUAAGAAUUAUGAGUGGGACUCAACUGAUGUGUCCAUUCAGCCAGGAGAUCAAGAUCUUGAAGGCACAAGCCUGUUCUCCUCAGUGAGUCUACUGAAGUCUACUCCCAGCAUGCACCAUUCCAGGAAGGGCCUCAAAGAGUCAGUACAAUUCCAGGGUCAUCACCAUGAGACCAGCCGCUACUCAGACCCCGAGAAAGAGACUGUGCUGUUCUGACAAUCCCAUCUAUACCUAAGGUCUCGGGUCUUGUCCCCAUGCUUCUCUACAGCCUGGAGCCCUCUGAAUGAUUUCCCUUCACUGGCCCUGUCUGGGCAGAGCACAUCCCUCAGCGGCAGAAUAAUUGGUUCAGAAAAAGGUAUCCCUGCUGGUAUCACUGUGACUUCCUCUGUCUCUCUCCAGGUCGCUCCUCUCUCUUCCUCUCCUCUCUCCUUGUCCCUCUGUUUCAGUGUCUCUCUGCAUUAUGCCUGGCUGCGUGGCACACAUUUCCUCUCAACAGAAAGCUUGUCAAGCAACACCUCUCUCAGUUAACGCCUGAUCUGCUCACAUCUCACAAUCACUAAUGAAGUGUCUCUGCCAUUAAAGGUCAGCUUGUUGCCAUCUGCCACCCACCACCAUGCCAGUCCUUUAGCUUCUGACUGGACAAGGGGAUGACAGAGAGUGGUACAUCCUGAUUGGACAGGGGGAGGACAGAGGGUGGUACAUCCUGAUUGGACAGGGGAGGACAGAGAGUGGUACAUCCUGAUUGGACAGGGGGAGGACAGAGAGUGGUACAUCCUGAUUGGACAGGGGAGGACAGAGAGUGGUACAUCCUGAUUGCUAUCACUCUCCUACCUCCAGCCCUCCACCCUGUCACUCUCCUACCUCCAGCCCUCCACCCUAUCACUCUCCUGCCCCCAGCCCUCCACCCUAUCACCCUCCUGCCCCAGCCCUCCACCAUAUCACUCUCCUGCCCCCAGACCUCCACCCUAUUACUCUCCUGCCUCCAGCUCUCCAGCCUAUCACUCUCCCUGCCCCAGCCCUCCACCCUAUUACUCUCCUACCUCCAGCCCUCCACCCUAUCACUCUCCUGCCCCCAGCCCUCCACCCUAUCACUCUCCUGCCCCCAGCCCUCCACCCUAUCACUCUCCUGCCCCCAGCCCUCCACCCUAUCACUCUCCUGCCCCCAGCCCUCCACCCUAUCACUUUAUUAUUAUUCUGCUGCACUUCCAAUGUUCUACCAUUCCCCCAAACUCUUAUGUUGCUACCUUGGGUCAAAUGUAUUUUUGCACCUUCCUUGCGCCUUGCUGCAGAUUUGAGAAAGGCAGGGGUUUUGUUGGGCCCGUCUCAAAGCUCCUCCACCUAAGAGCCUCUUGUUGGGGCCAUGAAGUGCCAUUCAACUAAAGAGAAAACUUCUCUGUGCCAGAAAAUGAUCCUCUGCUGUUGUUUCACCGUAUUCUGAGGUUGUGCUGUAUUUUCAGUGUGAUUGUGUACAGCCAUAGGAGGGUUGAGGGACAGUGUCAUCAUCGAUAAGAAUUUCCCUUCAGAUAUGAAUGACUGUGCAAUACCUUUCUCAAGUUUGCUUUGUUGAUUGUUGUCCAUAGGUCAGAUGUUAUGCAACAGGUGAGUUGAAUGACCUGGUAGCAUUUGUGGUUACACAAAACAACUUGUGCCUUGUGUCUUUUUUUCAUUAUUCCCAACAUGUAAACUCUUUAUUAUUAAUGAAAACCUCCAUCUAUAGUAAUGGUCAUGAAUGUUAAUGGUAUGGAUGUUAUGAUCAUUUCUGUAUUAUACUGUACAUGUUCACUGUCCCCACCAACCCCAAAUUAUGCAGUAGCUUUCCUGCAGUCAAAUGACCAAAUCGCGCUAUAGUGGCCUCACGGGUGGAAUGUUUAUCAUAUUUUUCAUAAUUUCAUKAUUCAUAUAUAUAUAUAUUUUUUAAUGCUGAAAAUCAGGUGU